GGAAGUGACGCAAGGCGCACCCUCCAUUUUGUAGAACGCGGAGCAGCUAAGUGCGUCAGUUGUCGAGAGACGUAGACGAGUUGAGUCCUGGUCUGCGGGGAGGCAGACAUCUCCGUCGCAGACUACGGACCUCUCUGGGUCUCAGCUGCCAAAGAUCCCGUCCGGUAGGUGAGUGGCUCACUUUGAGGGAAUGGCUUCUCGGAUCGAGGCUUCUUCAUGGCCACUCGGAUCAGUGGCCAGGGCUGCUCUCUUUGCGGAGGACGGCGUCCAAUGAGCGCAGUUUACUCGAGGAAAUACUAGCCGGGCGCCAUGAGCGGCUGUCGAGUCUUCAUCGGGAGGCUAAAUCCAGCGGCCAGGGAGAAAGACGUGGAAAGAUUCUUCAAGGGAUAUGGGCGAAUACGAGAUAUCGAUCUGAAAAGAGGCUUUGGUUUUGUGGAAUUUGAGGAUCCCAGGGAUGCUGAUGAUGCUGUAUAUGAACUUGAUGGAAAAGAACUCUGCAGUGAAAGGGUUACUAUUGAACAUGCUCGAGCUCGGUCUCGAGGUGGGAGAGGUAGAGGGCGAUACUCUGAUCGCUUUAGUAGUCGCAGACCUCGAAAUGAUAGACGAAAUGCUCCACCUGUAAGAACAGAAAAUCGGCUUAUAGUUGAAAAUUUGUCUUCAAGAGUCAGCUGGCAGGAUCUCAAAGAUUUCAUGAGACAAGCUGGAGAAGUAACCUUUGCGGAUGCACAUCGACCUAAAUUAAAUGAAGGGGUGGUUGAGUUCGCCUCUUAUGGUGAUUUAAAGAAUGCUAUUGAAAAACUUUCUGGAAAGGAAAUAAAUGGGAGAAAAAUAAAAUUAAUCGAAGGCAGCAAAAGGCACAGGUCACGAAGCAGGUCUCGUUCCCGGAGUAGGAGUUCCUCUAGGUCUCGUAGCCGGUCUCGGUCUCGGUCUCGUUCUCGGAGUCGCAAGUCUUACAGCCGGUCUAGGAGCAGGAGCCGGAGCCGAAGCCGGAGCAAGUCCCGUUCUGUUAGUAGGUCUCCUGCACCCGAGAAGAGCCAGAAACGUGGUUCUUCAAGUAGAUCUAAGUCUCCAGCAUCUGUGGAUCGCCAGAAGUCCAGGUCCAGGUCCAGGUCUCGGUCCCGGUCCAGAUCAGUUGACAGUGGCAAUUAAACUGUAAAUAACUUGCCCAGGGGGCCUUUUUUUAAAAAAAACCCACAAACACAAAAAACAAAAACAAAUACCCAAAUCAUACUUGCUAAAAAUUCUGGUAAGUAUGUGCUUUUUUUGUGGGGGUGGGCUAUGGAGGGGGGGUUGGAUUGGGUUGGGCUGGAUAUCUUUGUAGAUGUGGACCACCAGGGGUUGUUGAAACCUAAUUGUAUUAAAUGUCUUUUGAUAAGCCUUCUGCUCACAUUUUUGUGAAUGUCUGAAGUAUAUAGUUUGUGUAUAUUGACAGAGCUCUUUUAUAACUAAAGCAAAUUUAAUUUUUUUGUACUAGAAAAAUUUGAACAUUUUAGUUCUUGGUUAUUCAAAUAUGUUAAUUCAAAAUUAGUUUAAUGUGUCAAUUAAACUAAUUAAUAGCUUUGGACACUUAAAAGAGCUCUAAAUUUGCUUGUACAUAAAGGCUUAAUUUGAGUUUUCCUUGUUAGGGUCACGGGUGUCCUCCCACCCACCCUUUUAACAGCUGCCUGGCAAAGACUAACAAGCAGCUAGUUAUUGAUAAUAAAAGAUUAUAAAACUGCUUUUGUC